AUGUCAGAAAUCUAUCUGAGAAAUCUAUCCGCCUGUCUCCUGUCGCCGUUCCAGCGUCUGUCUGUCUGUCUGUCUGUCUACCUAUCAGUCUGUCCGUGCCUGUGCCUAAUCGAGUACUCAGAUACUGAGAGCGAAACCCUUUCCCGAACACAGGCCUUCACCGCCACGAGCAUCGUGCUGAUCGAGAGCGUGGGGGACCACAGAUACAGCAGCCAGGCAAUGCUGGUGUGCGGCACCCUCACCGGCUACGCGAUCAUCUGUGCCACACUGGGCCUUGGUCAUCUGGUGGGAGCGAACAUUGACAAGCGCAUCGAUGUCCUGUUCUCGGUGGCCGCCGUGAUCCUCUUCAUAUCCAGUGGGGCCGUCAUCCUCGACCGCUGGCUGGACGCCUAUGAAAAGGACAGCGACAAGAACAGUGUCCUGGCAGCGGCAAUAUUCUGUUUGACCAACGGUGCCAUCUUUGUGGGCGAUACCUUUGUAGUGCUGAAUGCCUGAUCAAAUAAAAUCCAGCUACAAUGAAUUGCCAGAGAAUUGUUUUAACUGACUUCAACAAUAAAACUAACCAGAACCCGAGACUAAUUUUUGCACCGUUUUCUAGCAAUCUUCUAACGAUCUUUCUACUCUCUUCUCUUCUCUUCUCUUCUCUU